AUGGCAUUUGAUCCUUUUAUAAUGGGAAAAGAAAAGAUUCACAUUAACAUUGUGGUCAUUGGCCAUGUCGACUCUGGGAAGUCUACCACCACUGGCCAUUUGAUCUACAAGCUUGGAGGUAUUGACAAGCGUGUGAUUGAGAGGUUCGAGAAGGAGGCAGCUGAGAUGAACAAGAGAUCAUUCAAGUAUGCCUGGGUGCUUGACAAGCUCAAGGCUGAGCGUGAGCGUGGUAUUACCAUUGAUAUUGCCCUCUGGAAGUUUGAAACUAACAAGUACUACUGCACUGUCAUUGAUGCUCCCGGACAUCGUGACUUCAUUAAGAACAUGAUUACUGGAACUUCCCAGGCUGACUGUGCUGUCCUCAUUAUUGACUCCACCACUGGAGGUUUUGAAGCUGGUAUUUCCAAGGACGGUCAGACUCGUGAGCAUGCUCUCCUAGCUUUCACCCUUGGUGUUAAGCAAAUGAUUUGCUGCUGCAACAAGAUGGAUGCUACCACUCCAAAGUACUCGAAGGCAAGGUAUGAUGAAAUUAUUAAGGAAGUAUCAUCCUAUCUGAAGAAGGUUGGCUACAACCCAGACAAGAUCCCCUUUGUUCCCAUCUCUGGGUUUGAGGGUGACAACAUGAUUGAGAGGUCUACCAACCUUGACUGGUACAAGGGUCCUACCCUUCUUGAGGCCCUUGACUUGAUCAAUGAGCCCAAGAGGCCCACAGACAAGCCCCUCCGCCUCCCACUUCAGGAUGUCUACAAGAUUGGUGGCAUUGGUACCGUCCCUGUUGGACGUGUUGAAACUGGUAUCAUCAAGCCUGGUAUGGUUGUGACCUUUGGCCCUUCUGGACUGACAACUGAAGUUAAGUCUGUGGAGAUGCACCAUGAAGCUCUUUCGGAGGCUCUUCCAGGAGACAAUGUUGGAUUCAACGUGAAGAAUGUCGCAGUCAAGGAUCUCAAGCGUGGUUUUGUUGCCUCGAAUUCUAAGGAGGAUCCAGCCAGGGAGGCAGCUAACUUCACUUCCCAAGUAAUCAUCAUGAACCACCCCGGCCAGAUUGGAAAUGGCUAUGCCCCUGUGCUGGAUUGCCACACCUCCCACAUUGCAGUCAAGUUCAAUGAGAUUCUAACCAAGAUUGACAGACGAUCCGGCAAGGAGCUCGAGAAGGAGCCCAAGUUUUUGAAGAAUGGUGAUGCUGGAUUUGUUAAGAUGAUUCCUACCAAGCCAAUGGUGGUGGAGACCUUCUCCGAGUAUCCCCCACUUGGUCGUUUCGCUGUCCGGGACAUGCGACAGACUGUUGCUGUGGGAGUGAUCAAGAGUGUGGAGAAGAAGGAUCCAAGUGGAGCCAAGGUGACCAAAUCUGCAGCAAAGAAGAAGUGA